ACUCAAUUAAAUGUAACAUUUAAUAUAAGACCAAAACUAAUAUAAACAAAGCUCUAUAGAAAACGACAGGCAAAGACUCUAUUAUAUAAAUCAUAAUAAGAAACUACGACGCAGAAACAGGAGCAAUAAGCCUAAAAUACUCUUAAGCCGUCAAAUUCAUAAUUUUGGAAAAGCAUGUUCUAUCGUUUUGGUGCUCUUCAGUGUCGAAAAGUUAAAACGAUAGUUUUUGUGCAACGAGUGGCAAGUGCGGCAAUCUAAAUUUUAAUUUAGUUUGAGUGUAUAACAAUCAGCUGGAAGAGGUGAUAAUUGUGGAGUAUAGAGUGGAUAUUUCCGAUAAACUUAAAAAUGGAUCUUGGAUUUUUAUUAGAUGAGCGAGUCAAGCCAUUUAAUUUCUGAUUGCCAAGAAAACAUGAUUCUAAGAACAUGCAGACAAAAAUGUCGAUGAACAUGAACUGGACGUCUUCAAAAAUAUGGGCACCUUUGUUUUUGACCACCAUAUGCCUAUUGGAUAUACAGGCCGCCUGGGCAAAAAAGCUUAAUGCAAGUCAAGCUUUUGACGACACAUGGAACACAGCAGCCGAUUUAGAAAAUGAACUGGAACAACAAAAGCGAUCGAAGGGUCAAAGUGCAGGAGGAGGAGGUGGCGCGGGCGGUGGACCUGCCCAGUGGUCGUCCUGGUCAGAUUGGUCAACCUGUUCGCGCACCUGCGACGGAGGCAUCAUGCAUCAAAUGCGUAGGUGCGGCAGUCCUGGCAUUUGUCGCGGGGAGAGCACCCGCUACCGCAUUUGCAACAUGCAGCCGUGUCCGGAGCAGCAGGACUUCCGCUCCAGCCAAUGCUCCGCCUACAACGAUGUUCCAUACGAUGGCACCCUGUACAAGUGGACUCCGCAUUAUGAUUACGUCGAGCCCUGCGCGCUUACAUGCAGAGGACAUCCUGCACAUCUUGUCGAAGACAUUUCGCGGGAGACUGGAGACGGCAAUGCAGAGGCGGCGGAGCACUACGAUGAGCAGAGCGUCAUUGUGCAAUUGUCGUCGAGGGUGCAAGAUGGGACCCGUUGUCGUUCCGGCAGCCUGGAUAUGUGUAUCCAAGGAAAAUGUCAGCGUGUUGGCUGCGAUUUAAAAAUCGGAUCUACAAAAAAAAUUGACGGUUGUGGAGUGUGCGGCGGAGAUGGAAAUUCCUGCUCUCAACCGCUUUUUAAUUGGGAGAUGGCACCGAUGUCGCAGUGCUCUGUCACCUGUGGAAGCGGCUACAAAAUGUCCCGUCCAAUAUGCAGGAAUCGUCUAACCAACGCCGAUGUCGAUGAUACGCUCUGCAGCCUUACUAAUCGUCCGGAGGCGUCUGUGGAACAAUGUAAUAAACACAGUUGUCCUCCCCGGUGGAUAGCAGACGAUUGGAGCACUUGCAGCCGCCUUUGUGGUCACGGCUACCGUGAGCGGAUGGUUGUCUGUGCCGAGGAGUCGAACGCCAUCAAGACGAGGGUGGCCGAUAUCAUGUGCCGCACACCAAAGCCACUAACACAAGAGACCUGCAUUAUCGAAGAGUGCCCGCACUGGGAGGUCGAAGACUGGACCGGUUGCUCGGUUUCCUGCGGACAGGGUAUACAAAUGCGAGGCGUCGAGUGCAAAUCGACAGACGGCAGCCUGAGCGCCAAGUGUGAUCCACUUACAAAGCCGGGUAGCAUGCAGCAGUGCUCCACCGGAAUUCAUUGCGACGGAUCGGUGAACAAAGUUGGUGGCACCAUCAUCUUGGGCAGCAGCCGGUCGCUUAACGAACGAUCAGAGCGACAGUUGGACAGCUCGGAUGCAGAUGAAGACAACGAGGACGAGGAUGAUGAGGGCGAUGAUGUGGACGACCUGGAAUCGGGACAGGAUACGGAUGAUGGCGAAGGCUUGUCCUUUGCUGAUCAACCUUUGCGUUACGCUCAUCGCACACAGAGUCGACUGAAUCAGGAAGCCCCAGAUGAGCCGCGCACCAUGCAUCUAACGAACGGAAAUUCAAACAAUAAUUUCAAUCGGGGAGGGGACGAGUCAGAGGGACCAUCACUAGAUCCCACCUACAUCAAGGACAAUGAGUGGUCCCCAUGUAGCGUUACAUGUGGGGAAGGAAUCCGCCGGCGCACCUACAACUGCAAGAUUUUCCUUGAAUACUCUAGAACGGUGGCCACUGUUAAUGAUUCGUUGUGCGAGGGAAAAAGGCCACAUGACGAAGUAGAGCGGUGUGUGGAGGAUCCGUGCAUGCUACCCUCCCACGGCUUCGACGACCAGUUCCCCCGUGAUUCCAUUAAAGUGGGUGUGUCGGAACCGGGUAAGACGUACGUCUGGCGGGAACAGGGAUACACCUCAUGCAGUGCCUCCUGUCUCGGCGGUGUCGAGGAACUGAUCAUCAACUGCGUUAGAGAAGAUAAUGGUAGGGUGGUGUCGCCCUUCCUUUGUUCCCCGGAAACCAAGCCGGAGGCCAGAGUUCGUACCUGCAACGACCGUCCCUGUCCACCCAGAUGGAAUUACUCAGACUACACACCCUGCUCCAAGAGCUGUGGAAUUGGCAUCAAGACCCGCGAGGUGCAGUGCAUACACGAGGUUACGCGCGGAGGGGACAACACAAUGGUAGUGCCGAACAGUAUGUGCCCACAGCCACCACCAGCAGAUCGGCAGUACUGCAACGUUCUCGAUUGCCCCGUACGUUGGGAAGUCGGUGAGUGGAGCAAGUGCUCUCAUACUUGUGGCUAUGGGUUUAAGGAUCGCAAGGUGGAGUGCAAGCAGAUAAUGGCACAAGAGCACAAGAUCGAACGACCCGAAUCAAUGUGCCCGAGUGCUAAGCCGGCAGACAAAAAGCCCUGCAAUGUUAAGCCCUGCCCGCCGGAAGAUCCCAAACCAGUCAUCCAGAUCAACAACUCAACACACAUCCAGCACGACCCCAAGAAGACGAAGAUCACUCUUAAAGUGGGUGGUGCUGGAGUUGUUUUCUUCGGCACCCAGGUAAAGAUCAAGUGUCCCGUGAAGCGGUACAACCGCACCAAGAUCAAGUGGAGCAAGGAUCACAAGCCGCUGCAGCGUUCGCGAAAGUACAAAGUCUCGAAGAAGGGUGCCCUGCGUAUACUUGAUAUUACGUUCCGCGAUGCAGGGGUGUACUCCUGCCACGCCGGUCUCAGCUCCGCAGAAAUAAGCAUCGAAGUUAAGGCCAAGCCAGGACAACAGAUUGAGGAGCUGGAACAACAGGAAACUGAACGAUUGGUGCGUGAGAAAAGUGGAACAGAGGCUCUCACCUCUGCAGAUAUGAAGUCCGCUGAUGGAACUGGGACUUCCGCUUCGGUCGGAACUAAUAGCCACGUUAACGGCUCGACGCAACAGCAUGGUUCGCGUCGCAGGCAGCAGCAGUCGGAGCGAUUGCAGAACGGGAGGGAACGGAGCCGCAGACCCAAGUCGAAUGGAGUUCAACAUGCGGAUAGCAGCAUUAUGGAGGACGAUCUUUCACAAUUAGUGCAAUCCGAAGACAGAAUACCACAGCCGGCGAGCGCCAGUAGCGGCGGUAGUCGCACCAGGACUCUGCUGGCUAUGCCAUAUUUCCAGGCUCUGCUUAGCAAUCUCCAGUUGCUAUGGCCGCUGCAGCGCUUCAAAGACUCUCGUGGUCAGCACUUGCUUCAAGGAGAGGCGCUAAAGUUCGGCAUUGAUUUAAACGGCAAAGACUUUGAUCAGGACGAGUCGGAGCGUGUUCCGGCAAAUCAGCUUCCACCAGAAGUAUCGCAUUCGCCCUCGGACCCAGAGUACAAUGCGCAGUCUAAGUUCGGUGCGGAAGCGGAGGACUUUCCGCCACACAUGCCACACGCUCGAUGGGAAACGGGAGUUUCAGCUUCGACUACGGCGGUGCCAAGCCUUCCGAGCGGCGGUUUCGUCUACAGAUGGAUGUUGGGCGAAUGGUCCCAGUGUUCGCAAGUGUGUGGUGCGGCCGGCAGUGGUUUGCAGUGUCGUCCUCGUCCUCUCAGUUAUGUCGGGAUUCCUCACGCUAUUGCCGUAAUGCCAGCGCCAUGGGCUUGUGUCGACUUCAUCGCUACAAGCAGAAAUGCUGCGGGUCCUGCCAGCAGCACCAUAAUCAACCUCUUAUUCUCUAACUCUGCUGCUACUUACCAAUAUAGCAAGGGUAUUUUAAGAACUCAGCAAGCAAUUACCCUAGGCACCGUAAUUAGCGUCUAUAGCGUAUAUAACUUAUCCAUGUGUAUGCCACGUCCGCACUUACAUGAAUAUAGCUUAAUAUAGUGUGAAUGUUCUUAUGCACGAACGUAUUGUUUAUAAAACAUUCAAUGCAAAAAACCCGACUUAACACAUGAAUCUGAAAUAAGCUUAAGCUUGAAUAAGAUCUGCUGUGACCUGUUUUUAAAGGGUCAUUGAUUACACAUUAUGCACUGCAAGUUUUAGCAGCAUGUGACAAGUUCAAUUUAAACCUCCCAAUUCGUAAGUGUAUGUAUGUCAAGCAAUCAUAAGCAAUUGAAUCGCGAAAAAUAUGCGGAACAAAAAUAAGUAACUGAGCUAUUAUUAGCUAGCUAAAAAUGAAUCCAAGAGUUUGGGAAAAAGAUUAAUAAGUACACAAAAUGUUCGACUAGCAGCAAAUUUAAAGUAAACAGCAGAAAUCACUAGAGACACGUAAUAAAAGAGAAGUCCGCACUAUUACCUGGUGCAAUUGAAACCGAAUAUAAAUGUGUAAAUAUAGAGAAGGACAAAUGGCAUCCAUUGUCGGUUCAUAGCACUGAAAUUAGUUUCGAUAACCACUAAGAAUUUUGUAAAUAAAUCGGAUUUCUUUCUAAAUCAACACUUUAUUUAAAGGCAAGUCAGGUAAUUAAAUGAACGUCGAACUAUUUGGAUACUAUUUGGAUUACUUAUAUAUACGCCUAAUUGUAAUUAGUUUUAUAUGGAAAUAUUGUUUUUAUAUUUACAACUUAUAAACACUAGAUAAACUCUAAAUAAUACUGCAACAUACUAUAGCUAACUAUAGCCGAAUAUAUCGCAAUUGUUAAAGCGUAACUAAAUAUAUAAGCUGUUAAGGGAAAGUUAUUAUUAAUAAGCCCACGAGUAAAUGAAACAGUACAGUAACAAAUAUCAUACGCCUAGAGACCCAAGCAAAACUAAACGCUAUCGCAGCUCAAAAAAUCGCAUAGCUCAGCAAGGAUUUAACAAAUUUGCGAUGGAUUGUACAAAAAUUGGAAAAAGUUGGAAUAAAUAUUUAAUAAAUACCAAUAAA